UAUUAGAAAUUUACUAAAAUUUAAAGAUUCAAUUAAAAUCAAGUUGUAAAAGAAUAGAAAAAUUAAAUUAAAAGGUUAAGAAAAAUGGCAACAUAAAACGAAGAAACAUAAAUUCAUUUAUUAGAAUAAUCUACUGAGCAUAUAGUAAAAGAAAGUAUUCAUUAAUCUAAUGAAAAUCACUUAAAAGAAGAUUCUGAUUGUGAUAAGGAGUUAUUUUAAAGCUCUAUAAACAACCCAAUUAUUAUUUAAAAUAAACUUAAUCAUGCUAAUCACUAAGAAACACAUUAAAAUGAAGAAGCUAAUUUGAAUGGACAUUAAUAAAAAGAAUCUCCAAGACACUAAGAAAAUUAAUAAUCUUCAUAAUCUAAUGAAACUGAAUAAAAUCCAAAGAUUUAAAGAUAUUCUGAUGCUAUAAUCUAAGAUGUAACUAACUUAUCAUCAGAUUAAGUGUAAGAAGAAAAAUAAGAAGAAAGUAUUCAAAAUAAGGAAGAUAUAAACCAACAAAAUACACAAAGCACUUAAAAUUAGAAUGCCCAAUCUGAAUAGUAGUAAGAAAGCGAAGUUGUUAUUGAAGAAGUUAAAUAAAAAACUGAAGAGUAAGAAAGUUAAUAAGCAAAAUAAAAUGAAUAGCAAACAAACUAAAAUAACCAAUAACAAAGUUAGUCUUAAGCAAAGAGUUAAGAAGAAAUUUAAAGAUUUACUUAAAUUUUUGCAGUAGCUAAUGCAAUUAAGGACUAAGCUAAGGUAUGUGUCUAAAAGAAAUAAUACAAAGAUGCCAUUAAGCUCUAUGAAGACUGUCUUUAAGUUAUUCAUAUUAGCAACUUCUAACUAGGUGAAGAUAAAUCAAAGUACAGAGAUGUCCUUAAGGAGUAAGUAGAAUUGACAUUAAUGCUCUUAUGUAAUAUUUCAUUGUGUUACUUUAAUGAAGGUGAUUUCGAAAAAUCUCUUGAAUAUGCUGAAAAAGUUAGUAUCAUAAAUCCUAACCAUUUAAAAGCUUCUUAUCGUCGUGCCUUGGCUCUUAAAAAACUAUAAAGAUAUGAAAAAGCUUUCGAAGAAAUAAAAAAUGCUCGUCUUAUUGCUAUUGGACAUCAGCAAGUAGAUGAAAAUAUUAAUAAAGAGUAUAAGAUAAUCAAAUAACUCUACACUGACGGAAAGAGUAAAACAGAAAGUUAAAAUAACUCAACUCACUUAUUAAGCUCCAGCGGUUCUAACAAUAAAACUAAAAAGAGCUCAAACUUGCUAAACAAUUCAUCCUUGACUAAUGUUUCUCAAUUUUUGGAUAACAAUUUCCCUGGAUCUAUGAAAACCACUCCUUUCUAUAUGUUAUGUAGUUCCUUCACUACUUAUGUAGUCUUGAAAAAGUUUAUGAAUAUCCGUCUUUUAUCUAAGCCUGCCCUGAUAGGAGGUCCUCUUCUUAGUUUGGGAUUAUUUGGCUUCCUAUAAGGCAAGAAUAUUUUCAUUAAAUUACUUUGUAGUGGAUUAGUAGGUCUAAUAAGUACCUUCCUUUACAGAUAUUCAGAUUUAGUUUCAUCCAAAUCACUUACUUUGGUAUGA